GGGCGCGGGAAUCAGCCUCCUCUGCCCUGCCUGCACAAUUUUUUGGUGUUAUGCUUUGUAUCUAUGGUAUAUAGUGACUUUUGAAGAGCAGUGUUACGAUAAGUGUUUUGGAUAAAUGGAAAAAAUGUACAAAUAGGGGGAUACCAAAGGGAGGCAUCCCCUGUGCCCGUGUGCAAGCCAGCUAUUUGAUUGUUCAGGGUCGCACCGGCGCUUGCCCCCACCAGCAACAUUCCCCCACACAGCAUGGCCUCGGUGGCCGCUUGGUUGCCCUUCGCUCGAGCAGCUGCCAUCGGAUGGGUUCCCAUCGCCAACAACCCAUUACCGGCGCCGCCCAUCCCAAAGGACAAGCGGCGGCCGGAUGAUGAAAAGCUGCUGAUCAAUGUGUCGGGGCGGCGGUUCGAAACCUGGCGCAACACGCUAGAAAAAUACCCUGAUACACUUCUUGGUUCCAACGAACGAGAGUUCUUUUAUGAUGAAGAAACCAAGGAAUAUUUCUUUGACAGAGAUCCUGAUAUAUUUCGGCAUAUUCUGAAUUAUUAUCGCACGGGAAAGCUACAUUAUCCUAAACACGAGUGUCUCACCAGCUACGAUGAGGAACUCGCUUUCUUUGGUAUCAUUCCUGACGUCAUUGGUGAUUGUUGUUAUGAAGAUUAUCGUGAUCGUAAACGUGAAAAUGCAGAGCGUCUAUUGGAUGACAAACUCUCUGAGAGUGGAGAGCAAGAUAAAUAUGUUUACCGUACUAUACGCGAGCGCAUGUGGCGCGCAUUUGAAAAUCCUCACACGUCAACUGCAGCAUUAGUGUUUUACUACGUAACUGGUUUCUUCAUUGCCGUGUCGGUCAUGGCUAAUGUUGUCGAGACCGUUCCUUGCGGCCAACUACCAGGCAAGAAAGAAUCCCAACCUUGCGGGGAGCGCUACAAAAUAAUCUUCUUCUGUGGAGACACAGCAUGUGUAAUGAUUUUCACAGCAGAAUAUCUUCUCCGAAUGUUCGCAGCGCCAGACCGCUGUAAGUUUGUCCGGUCAGUCAUGUCCAUCAUCGAUGUAGUAGCCAUCCUUCCCUAUUAUAUCGGAUUAGGAAUAACCGACAACGACGAUGUUUCUGGCGCCUUUGUCACACUGAGAGUGUUUCGUGUGUUCAGGAUCUUUAAGUUUUCGAGGCACUCACAAGGACUUCGAAUUCUUGGCUACACGCUUAAGUCAUGCGCCUCAGAACUAGGGUUUCUUGUCUUCUCAUUGGCCAUGGCUAUCAUUAUUUUCGCUACUGUCAUGUUCUAUGCAGAAAAGAAUGUAGAUGAGACAACCUUCACAUCCAUCCCUUCUGCGUUUUGGUACACCAUCGUUACCAUGACGACGUUAGGGUAA